GCGUGGGGGUGUGGCGUGGGCGCGCUCUUUGGCGUGAUGAACCUGCUCGUAGUUGACUACAUGGGCCUCAACAACGUUCUACCCUUCUUCUCGGUGUGUGGCGUCAUCAACUGUGUCUGGCUCCUCGUCUUCAGUCCUCUGUUUGGUCUGGUGCUGGACGAGAGUGGCAGCUACAAGGUGAGCCUCGGUGUCCUGGGAGGCAUCUCCUUCAUCACCUUCGUCAUCUGGCUAUUCAUGCCCGCCGCCGUAGCUUACGAUAAGCGCAACGAGGCCCCUCCAGCAGAGUCAACAGCAGCAGAGACAGUCGCAGAGUCGGCAGGGAAAGCACCACCACCAGCUAUCAGACCAGAUGAAUCAUCAUCAGUAGCGUUAACAAGAGAAUCAGCAGCUGCAACAUAGCAAGGAGAAGAAUCAUCACCAUCAACAGUAGAGUUUGCAAGAGAACAACCACCAUCAGAGGCAGCAGAGUCGUCAGGAUCAGCAGCAGCAGUCAUAAACAAUAACAGACUUACCUGCGGAAUAAUUAACAACAAAAUUAUCAGACCACAAAUCCAGCAAACUGAAAAAAGUCUUAAAACAGGAGAAACACCAUCAUCAUCAUUGGGAUAAUUAUCUUCAACAUGAAUAACAGAAACAGCAACAUCAAGGCAACAGAAAAAUCAUGACUGUUUAACAAUUAGUAGCAAUAACAAGAUGACAUAAGUAGCAUAAUAAAAAAAAAGUUUGUUAGCCCAAGCAACAACAGUUAUAUCUUCAAUAACAGUGUUCCUACUACUGCUAGCACCCGUUACAAGAGUAGAGAAUUAGCACCACCAGCAAGGAACAGCAAGUGAUGCAGCAUCAACAACAAUGCCAGCAGGAGAUGCAGCAUCAUUAAUCACCGGUAUCUCUUUAUCUCUAG